GAUGAUGACUAAUAAUGACACAGACACAGGUGGCAACAAGUUCGCCCAAUUGGAGGCUGCAGACAUUGCUGUGGUGGUCCUGUACUUUGUCUUCGUUCUUGGUGUAGGAUUAUGGUCCUCCUUCAGAGCCAACCGGGGGACGGUGGGUGGGUACUUCUUGGCUGGACGCACAAUGACAUGGUGGCCUAUUGGUGCAUCUCUUAUGUCCAGUAAUGUCGGCAGUGGCCUGUUCAUUGGCCUGGCUGGCUCAGGGGCGGCAGGAGGCAUGGCAGUUGGGGGAUUUGAGUGGAACGCUUCCUGGGUGCUGGUCGCCCUCGGCUGGAUCUUUGUGCCAGUGUACAUCGCAGCUGGAGUGGUCACCAUGCCGGAGUACCUGAGGAAGAGGUUUGGCGGCCAGCGCAUCAGGAUCUACAUGAGCGUGCUCUCACUCUUCCUCUACGUACUCACCAAAAUAUCAACAGACAUUUUCUCCGGAGCUCUUUUCAUCCGGGUCUCUCUUGGCUGGGAUCUCUACCUGUCUACAGUCGUGCUGAUUGCUGUCACAGCUGUCUACACUAUUGCAGGUGGAUUGACAGCCGUUAUUUACACAGAUGCACUGCAAACUGUCAUCAUGGUAAUCGGAGCAUUUGUCCUCUCCUUUAUAGCCUUUGACAAAGUGGGCUGGUAUGAGGGCCUGGUGGAGCGCUACGAGGCAGCCAUUCCCAGCAUCACCGUGGCCAACACCACAUGCCACCUGCCGCGCUCAGACGCCUUCCACAUGUUCAGGGACCCAGUGACCGGAGACCUGCCCUGGCCGGGACUGCUGUUUGGGCUGACAGUGCUAGCGACAUGGGCAUGGUGCACUGACCAGGUUAUUGUUCAGAGGUCACUGGCUGCCAAAAGCAUGUCCCAUGCCAAAGGGGGCUCAGUUUUGGCAGGGUACCUCAAGAUCCUCCCAAUGUUCUUCAUUGUGUGGCCAGGCAUGAUGAGCAGAGCACUCUUCCCAGAUGAGGUGGGCUGUGUUGACCCCACCGAGUGUGAACGCAUCUGUGAUGCCAGGGUGGGCUGCUCCAAUAUUGCCUAUCCUAAACUAGUGGUGGAACUCAUGCCACAAGGCUUGCGGGGUCUGAUGAUUGCCGUGAUGAUGGCUGCCCUCAUGUCCUCUCUGACCUCCAUCUUCAACAGCAGCAGCACGCUCUUCACCAUGGACAUCUGGCAACGCAUGCGGCCAUACGCCUCCGAGAGGGAGCUCAUGGUGGUGGGCAGGGUGUUCAUCCUGGUCAUGACGGCGGUGAGCAUCCUGUGGAUCCCCAUCAUCCAGUCGGCCAAUAGCGGCCAGCUGUUCGACUACAUCCAGGCCAUCACCAGCUACCUGGCCCCGCCCAUCACCGCCCUCUUCAUCAUGGCCAUCUUCUGGAAGCGCGUCAACGAACAGGGAGCCUUCUGGGGCCUGAUGGUGGGCCUGGUUGUAGGGAUGGUGAGAAUGGUGAUGGAAUUUGUGUAUGGCACUCCCUCUUGUGGCCAGGAGGACACACGGCCGGCGGUGCUGAAAGACGUGCACUACUUGUACUUCGCCCUGAUCCUACUUGCAGUGUCAGCCCUGGUCAUCACAGUCAUCAGCCUCUGCACAGCACCCAUUGAGGACAAGCAUCUUGUGCGACUAACAUGGUGGACGCGGCACAGUAAGGAGCACCGCGUUGAGCUGGACGAUCCCUGGGCAAAAGCACAGGAGGAGGAUACCCGACACACGGCCGACUCUCAGCACACUUCCGAAUGUCCUUCAGAGGCUCAGGAGCAGCGAUCAUCCAGCUCACUUUGGAAGAGGGGGGCCAUGUGGCUGUGCGGUCUGUCUGGCCAAGCGGAGCCUAGACUCAGUGAGGAGGAAAAGCAGGCCUUGGAGAGGAAGCUCACCAACAUUGAGGAGAAACCGCUCUGGCGCAACGUCUGCAACGUCAACGCUCUCAUUCUCCUCACCGUCAAUGUUUUCCUCUGGGGCUUCUUUGCCUGAGCACUUUAAAAAAACCUCAGAUGCUGCAUAUUUAUGUAAAAAUGUGUUUUAUAUAUUUUUUUUUGAUAUGUAAUGACAGUAACAGCAAACAUUCUCAUAACUAUGGUUACAGCACAUUCAAAGACUUAUGGUUCCAUAAUAGUGUAUUAAUGUAUUAAACUUCGUAGAAUAAUAAGAAAAUUCACCUCACUUGAAACAUGAGAACAAAUAAUGGUAUUUAAGGGGUACUUUAGGGUAUUUAAAUAAUAGUGACGAUUAAAGGAGAACAUAUGAAUUGAAUAAAACACAGAAAACAUUAAUUUAGUAUUAUGAGUACUAUUUCAGUUCCAAAUGCCAAAUUGGUUUGAUGUUUUAAAGUCCAUCUGCAAAGAAUACACGUUGUGGUGCACAAAUUAGUGCACCACCCUCAAGUCCAAAGACCCAAGGACUUUUGGCCUUCCAGAGUCUAGCUAAAAGUGUUGGCACACGUUCAAACAUGAUUGCUAUUUCCUUUAAGGUCACAAAUCACUUCCCGUCAGUCACUCUAAUAAGCCAAAAGCAGACUGAUUUGCUCGUCAAGUUUUCUUUCUUUUUUUGACGGUUGGCUGACUGUAGCCAUCUUUAGGCGGCAUUCCAAGGUUUGAAGAAACGAAAUGGAAUUUUGGACAAAAGCCUGAGAUCCAAAAAGAUGAUGUAACACAUUCAUGAGCAUGAUAAACAGUUGUCACAGUCAGCAUUGACCAACUGUCAACACUGGACAUGCUGCAUU